AUGAGUGAAUUACCAAAAUUUUCAAUAACAUUCACAACCGUAAUUAUCUUAAUCACUCUAAAUGCAAUUGAAUUCUCUGACAGUCGCUAUCAAAUAAUAAAUCACGGCCCAAUCAAUCCAAAAAUCAUCUCCCUGCCAAGAAAUCGUAGAAGUCUCCCAGAUGAAUCAUCAAUAAUCUUCUCUUUGGGAAACUGGACAUUGGAAAAUCAAUUAAGAAAUUCUGUGAUAUUUCCUGAUGACGCAGAGAUCAAUUACAUCAACUCAGCAGUUACGAAAUCAUCAAAAAGUACUCGAAUUAGUUGUAAAAAUUUCCGAGGCCAAGUUCAAAAAAUAAAAAAAUCGUCGACAAUCGUCACGAUUUGUGAUAAUGAUUUUUACGUUGUUUUCAAUAUUGGUAAUAGAAAUUUUGUGGUGGAGCCGGGGCAGAAUGGGGAACAUUCUCUCGGAGAAAUAAAAUUCGUGGGAGUUCGGGAGAGAAGGGAGGUGGAGGGAUUUUGGAAUUUAACUGGAGACACUUUUGAGAUUAAUGAGAGUGGAAAUGUCGAGGACAUUUACGAGAGCAAUGGAGAGAAUUUCUUCGCCGCUCGCACGUGGACGAGAACCAACGGUUCAAGUCGACUAAAUGGAGCUUCAAUUCGCGAACUAUCCCAGCGAUGGUUGGAGCUGGGGAUUGCAGUUGAUUAUUCAGUGGUGGAGUUUCAUGGGGACAGGGUAGAGCAGUAUGUGCUUGCACUACUCAACAUCGUUGGAGCAAUUUAUGGAGACCCUUCUUUGGGGACUGAUUUAUCUUUAGUCGUUGUGAAGAUUUUCAUUUAUAUGAACAAAAAAGAUGGAAUGAUACGCCAAGGAAAUGCCCGUACAUCCCUCGAAAACGUAAACAGAUGGAACCGAAAGGUCUUAUCGUCAUUGCAGACCCAGGGUCACGAUGUUGCUGUAUGGCUGACGCGAUUGGACAUAGGUGGCCCAUCGGGGUACGCCCCAGUAUCUGGUGCUUGUGACCCUGCGCGAUCCUGUGCCCUCAACCGUGAUGAGGGUUUGACGAGUGCCUUCAUUAUCGCCCAUGAACUUGCUCACAUUUUAGGCUUGACACAUGAUGGGGAUGAAUCCGCGGAUAAUUUCUGUGGGAAUGAGGCGACUGGGAGUAUCAUGGCACCCAUGGUCGCCGCUACUUUCCAUCGGUUCCACUGGUCGUCGUGUUCCCGGAAGGAGUUUAAUCGAAGGGCUAAACAAUGGAAAUGUUUGAAUAAUCCUCCAAAUAAGAGCAAUGUGACUCUCUUAAAAUUAAUCCACCAAGAGACAUUCACCAUGGACGAGCAGUGUCGAAUGGAAUUUGGAGAUGGAUUCCAACUCUGUAAGACUCUUAACCUCCCAGGUCUCUGCUCUCAUCUAUGGUGUGCCCACAAAACUACCCAGAAAUUCUGUAAAACGAAGAAAGGUCCUCCUCUAGAAGGAACUUCUUGUGGGAAGAACAAAUGGUGCAUAAAUGGCUUCUGUGAGGUGAUCGAUCGUACAAAGUUUAGCCUGGAGCGGAGGACGAAUAAACCGAGGGACGGUGGCUGGAGCACGUGGACUCCCUGGGGAAAGUGUUCCAGAACCUGUGGCGUUGGUGUGAGACUUCGUUAUCGCCUGUGCAAUGAUCCAACACCUUCCUUUGGAGGCACCGAGUGCAGUGGCAAUAGACAGGAAUUCAAGAGCUGUGAGCAAUCAGAAUGCCCGAUUGGUUCUGAUCUCAGAAAGGAACAAUGCUCGAGGCUCUUGAGGGUCGUUGCCUUUGACAAGACCUCAGACGAGCAUAAAAUUACUCUAUCACCCGACGAGACUGAUAAUGAUGAUGAUAAAUGCAGAUUGACGUGCAGGAAUGAUCAAAAGAAUAAAAUUUAUCGAUCUGAUGAUUUUUUUAUUGAUGGAACGCCGUGCGCCUAUGAAACCACUGACAUUUGCAUUCAGCUACAGGGAGAAUGUCAUAAAAUGGGCUGCGACAAGAUCCUCAAUUCCCCCGAAACCUACGAUGCUUGCGGAGUUUGCAGUGGUGACAAUACUACCUGUAUCAUAAUCAGUAACAAGUUUCACCGCAGGAUUCGAAGAGUAACUACACGAGCUGCAGUUCUACCGAAAAACGCCCACAACAUAAACCUAGACGUAGAAAUGAACGUUUUGAUUGAGAGAAAUGAAACCUUCAAACUUUUACUUCGAGAUGGGCAUAGACGAAAGCACGAGGCGCUUUUCGAUUCUCUCGUUGUCGAAGGAACUUUAUUCCAAGUUCAGAGAUCUCAGAAUAGAUUCACAAUCAGUGCAAAGGGUCCCACGUUGGCAGAAGUGAUCAUUUCAGUAGUUGUGCCAGAGACUGCGGUGAGAGGGUCAUCCAUAUCUGUAUCCCUAACAUACUUGACUGACGGUGAGGACGAGAAGAGGAUCGAUAAAUAUUCAUGGGUUCCUGGGGGCUGGGGUCCUUGUUCGGUUAGUUGUGGGGGUGGAGUACGUCAGAAGACCACUGCGUGCAGGAAUGAUGGAAAUGGGAGGAUAGUUCAUAAGAGGAGGUGCUUGACUAUUGCGAAACCACUGGGUGAUGUUGAGAGGUGUAAUGUGUUCAGCUGUGACUUCAAAUGGAUCGUCGGACCCUGGGAAGGCUGCACCCGCACCUGUGGAGCCCACGGAAUCCAGCAGAGACAACUAUACUGCGUCCACUCGUCGUUUCCCUUCAAAAAUCUCACAAAAGAGAACGAAAUUCAAGUUUACAAAUCAAUGCUACCUCCUAAUCUAUGUAAAGAGCACCUUCAGCCUGAUAGCCAGCAGAACUGCAACAGAAUCCCCUGCGAGGGUGCUUGGGUCUUCACCAAUUGGUCUUCAUGUUCUCAGAGCUGUGGCCGAGGGGUGCAAUCGCGAAUGGCGCGUUGUGUACCGCCGGAAGGGGAAACCCACUUCAACUGCACCAGCACACAAUCUCCAGGAGAACUGCGCCCCUGCAGGGGCCAGGGACGACGUACCUCCGGUUGUGAAACAUUUUGCAAAAAUAACAAAAGUCGUUACUGCUUCGUUCCCAAUUUAAAGAAGUACUGUGCAAUUUCGGAGUUCAAGAAGCACUGCUGUCGGUCUUGUAUGAAGGUAUUUUUGAAUUAGUAAAAUCGGUGGUUAAUUAAUUUUGAAUGAAAGUUGGGAAAAUUUAAUACUGAGGUUUGGAAAUUUUUACGCCGUCAA